AUGGAUACAAGUUGGAUAGAUCUACCCACUGGCCACCCUGAAUAUAUCGAUGGUUGUAUGCAAUUCAUUGCGUUUGCCAAUCAAGGUCUAUUCGAAGGAAAAAUUAGAUGUCCAUGUAAGAACUGUAAGGUGGAUAAAUGGUUCCCGGUUAAUGAUGUAGAGCGACAUAUUUUGUUUAAGGGGUUUUAUAAGUCGUAUAGAAAUUGGAUCUUUCAUGGUAAAGGGGAUAUGGUUCAACGUAUGUUAGGGAGUGAUGGAGGGAGUACUAGUGAAGGAUCCCUUGGUAAUCAAAGUGGGUUUGUAGGUCGAGAUAAUAUGGGAGGACUAUUAAGAUCAGCUUUUAGUGUUAAUGUGCCACCCAAUUUUCCAACUUUUGAAGCAAGAGAGGAUGGUGAAUGGACUGAGGAGCCCGUGUCAUACGACACAGAUGUUGAAUAUGAUGAUUCUACAAUAGAAGAAGAUGCGACAUAUAAGAAGCUACUUCAAGCUUCUGAGGAGAAAUUAUAUGAGGGGUGUAUUAAUUUUUCAAAGUUAUCUUUUCUUCUACACUUAUUUCACUUGAAGUGUAUGCAUCACUGGUCCAUUGAAUCUUUCAAUAUGCUCUUGAAGCUGAUUUUAGAUGCAUUUCCUCAAAUACUUGAUUUUCCCUCGUCUUAUUAUUACAAGAAAGACAAAUGUCAUGUUUGUGGUAAAUCGAGGUGGAAAACAACCAAGGGUAAGAAGGGUGACGAUGUAAGUGAUCAAGGUACGAAUACUUGUAAGAAAGGUGUGCCAGCUAAGGUAAUGCGAUAUUUUCCUCUUAUCCCAAGACUAAAAAGAAUCUACAUGUCAUCAGAAACAGCAGAAGAUAUGAGAUGGCAUGAUACAGAGCGAUUGGGUGAAGAUGAUAAGAAGAUUUUGAGGCAUCCUUCCGAUGCCUUAGCGUGGAAGGCAUUUGAUGAGCGUUAUAGAGAUUUUGCAUUAGACCCUCGUAGUGUUCGAUUAGGUCUUGCGAGCGAUGGGUUUAAUCCAUACCGUUUAAUGAACACUACUUAUAGUACAUGGCCAGUGGUGUUGAUUCCUUAUAAUCUUCCACCAUGGCUAUGUAUGAAACCAUCUUCUUUCAUUUUGUCCACACUUAUUCCCGGAAAAGCAAGUCCUGGAAAUGAUAUUGACGUGUAUUUGCAACCAUUAGUUCAUGAGUUAAAAUUGCUGUGGGGAGGGGUUGAAGCUUUUGAUGCUUUUGACGGAGUGAAAUUUAAUUUGCGCGCGGCUCUGCUUUGGACUAUUAAUGACUUUCCUGGCUAUGCAAUGCUCUCUGGUUUGAGCACAAAAGGUUACAAUGCAUGUCCUAUAUGCAUGGAUUCCACACCUUCUGAUAGAUUUGGGAACAAGAUUUGUUAUUGUAGCUAUAGAAAAUGGUUACCCGCAGAUCACCCAUAUCGACGUCAGGGUGAAAAGUUUUGUGAGAAGUUUGGAACUAAUGAGUUGGGUGAAGCCCCAUCUCGUCCUAGCGGCACUGAUAUAUUGAGGCAACAAGAAAAGGUCGAGUAUGUUUAUGGAAAGUCAAAGGCACCACCGAAAAAGAGACAAAGAGGACAUACUGAUAACAAUGAUGUCCAAGAUGAAAUUGUCUUUGGUACCAAGAGAAGCAUAUUCUUUGAUUUGGUGUAUUGGGAGCAUAAUCUUCUAAGGCAUAAUUUAGACGUUAUGCACAUUGAGAAAAAUGUGUCUGAGAAUCUUUUGGGAACACUUCCUAGUAUGGAUAAGAGUAGAGAUAAUAGGGAUGAUCGAGAAGCCCUUGAAGCAUGGAGAAUAAAGACUCACCUUUGGCUUAGUGCUGAUCAUAAUGGAAAUGAAUACAUGCCUCCAGCUUCCUAUUCUAUGUCUAGGGAGGAAAAAGAGAGAUUCUUAACUGUUUUGCAGAAACUUAAAGUUCCGGAUGGAUAUGGAUCCAACCUUUCUAGUUGUGUGAAUAUGAAGCAAAGGAAGUUGAUUAACCUCAAGAGUCAUGACAACCAUGUUCUAAUGCAAGAUAUCCUCCCCGUCGCCUUAAGAGCUUCUAAUGCUACAAAGGUGAUUGACUUGUUGGCUAGAUUGUCUUCGUUUUUCAAGAAGUUGUGCUCCACCAGUAUUGAUCCAGAUGAUUUAGAUGGUCUUCAAGAUGGAAUUGUUUUAACUCUUUGUCAGUUGGAAAUGGAGUUUUUGCCUUCAUUUUUCACAAUCAUGGUCCAUUUGUUGAUUCACUUAGUGGAGGAGGUUAAACUUGGUGGACCAGUGCAAUACAGAUGGAUGUAUCCCAUUGAAAGGUACUUGUCCCAUUUGAAGUCACAUGUAACCAAUAAAGCCCAACCUGAAGGAUCUAUUGCGGAAGGCUACCUUUUAGAGGAGACAAUUAGGUUUUGCUCGAGAUAUCUUCAAGGUGUUAAGACCAUCUUCAACAUGCCUAAAAGGAUGGAUGAUGACAUUUCAAAUUCUGAUGAUUACUUAUUUAAUUCCGGCGGUCGAGUCAUUGGAAAGGAGGUUAGCAUUCGCCUUGAUGGUCAAAGCUUAAAACAAGCCCAUCGCUACGUUUUACUUCACUCUGAUGAGAUCAAAGGGGAUCUAGAUGAAUUUUUAACCGAGAAGCGUCAAAUGAACUUAGAAAUUUCCGUCGCGGAGAGUGAUGAAAGUAAAUGGAUCAUCAAUGAAUUUGGAGGGUGGCUGCAAAACAAGGUACAUUUCAUAGAUGCAACCACCGAAGAUGGGAAACUAAGAAAAGCUUUGGCGGGUGGUUUGCAUUCUUAUGGUAGAAAAUUAAAAGGAUACAUAAUCAAUGGAUACAAAUUCCUUUCCACUGAUCGCGAUUGUCGUCUUUUGACACAAAAUUCUGGAGUUAUGGUUGAAGCGGAUGGAGUGGCAUACUACGGAAAAGUGAUGGAUAUCUAUGAAUUAAAUUACUAUGGAGAUUAUAAAGUUGUAUUGUUUCGUUGUGAUUGGGUAGACAUUCGUAGGGGUGUAAGAACAUAUCCAAACGGCGGAGUAUGUGUCAAUUUCUCUAAAUUGAUGCAUACUGGACGAUUAUUGCAAGAUGAUCCAUUUGUCUUCUCAUCUCAAGCAAAACAAGUUUUUUACAUAGAAGAUGAGAUACAAAAAGGAUGGUUCCAUGUUGUUAAGAAUAAGCCUAGAGAUUUGUUUGAUUUAGGUGAUUCUUUACCAGUAGCGGAAGAGGGUGGGGCCGAUUGA